CCAAACAGCCGUCCAGUUUUGACUGCAUUGCCAUCUUCCAACGUUAAAGAAGGCGAAAUGAUGACGCUCCAGUGCACAGUGCAUGUAAGCCCAUCAGACUCGGACCCAAUCACGUGGUCUUGGACUUGUGGUGACAAAGAUUUAACGUCCAGUUCUACCUCCAGCGGUGAUACAAGCACAAUGACUUUCAAAGCAGAUAGGAAAUUCAACAAGAAACUUUGCUAUUGUCGAGCAACAUCAAAUUCUUCAGUGCAAACGUACAAUUCAACUUCCACAUACAGAAGCAUACAAGUUUAUUAUCCACCAUUGACAACACCAACUUUAAAUGCUUAUCAGAUAGAAAAGUCAGCUGGAGAGGAUAUAACUCUUCAAUGUUCGAUUGAUUCGCUUGGAAACCCUCCGAUACGUUGGUCGUGGAAAUGUGGAACUCGGACAAUUUACUCAAGAAUAACUAAUAUUAAUCUGACGUCAAAAGUUGUUUUUACAGCUGAGCAAGGUCUAAAUGGCAAAUCUUGUUACUGCGAGGUAGAGGGUAGUUCACGAUCGUACGAAUUCAAGGCAUCUUCCAGUGCUGCAGAUGUCAGUGUUCUAUAUUUUCCGUCAGACUAUCCUCAAAUCAGCACAAGGACAAUCAAUGUUAAUGAGGGUUCUCCAGUUAUACUUCGAUGUUCACUGUCGUCUGCUGGAAAUCCACCGGUCACGUGGUCAUGGUACUGCAAUGAUGUCAUGAUGCGUGAAGGUGUCAGAAAUAGAGACACAUCGACGGAGUUGUCAUUUAUAGCAAAACUGACAGACGACAAAGCUUUUUGUUACUGUAGAGGGAAAAGUAGUCAUACCUUGAUAAAAAGAUCCUACGACCAAAAAUCCUCCAGCUGUUAUAUAAAGAUAAUCGACCCCACCCAUACUGUAACAGUACUUUCUAAAGAAUCUCGAAGUGAGGGAAUUUCCCCGGCGGCAUUUGGAGCAACCUUGACCAUCCUAUUGAUUGCCCUAUUUUUCUGCACUAUUAUCAUCGUUAUUCAGCAUAGGAGAAUUCCAAAAGAGUCGUCACUGAUUACCUGGGUUCUUGUCAAAUUAGGUAGGGUAUCAGACAGGAAAAGGAAAUCCAAGAGUUUCCCGGAAGAAAUUCCAGAGGAACACAGUUACGAAACCCUGAAAACCGGAUAUCAAAUCAAAAAUAAGGACGAAACCUUUUCGGUGGUAGCAGCUCUAGAAUAUGACAGUAGAUCUCUCAUUAGAUGGUUUUCUUCAAAUAAAAUGCAGGAGGCUAACCCUGAAAAAUUUCCGGCAAUUUCUAUUGUGCUAUAUGUGUCUGAUCAACACAACCCCUCAGACUAUCGCCAUCUUACUGUUCUUCUUAAUGUCUUUGUAGGUUUUGGUCAAUGGCGUUGGGUUCCAUUCUAUAUCUGUGCUCUGGUCUGCCUCCUGCCAAAAACUACAACCGCAAUUUCAUCCUCCAAACACAUUAUCAUGGACAUUGACAAUGCAAUCCACAGACUCAAUUAUGGGACCAUCUUCAAAUCAAUGGGAAACAUCCAUAUCUCUAAAGAAUUCUGGCUCCAAACUUACAAAAUACCAAUUCCAGCACAGAUACCAUCUCCAAAAGGUUUUUCAAAGUUAAAGGUGCUUGCCACGAAAGUAAGACUCAGUUUUAAUAAAAACAGAAACGACGCCCCUCAUAUACUGCAGUUGAAUUUUCGAUUUCUAAAUAUGAUGUUGCAGUAUUUCCUAUUUGUGUUGUUAUCUGGAAUUAUAAGUGGAACGUCAAUUGUGAACACAAUAGCAGCACCAUGGCUGCAAAUGAGUGCUAACAACGUAACAGAGGGGCAACCAAUAACUCUGAAAUGUACUGUCCACUCGUCCCCAAAUUCCACUUCAGUCACAUGGUCUUGGAUAUGUGGAAAUGACAACUUGACCAGAAAUGCAACCAGCACAUUACAGGAAUCUGUCUUAAAGAUUAGUUCAGACAGAAAGUAUAACGGAGAGGCUUGUUAUUGUAAAGUCUGGCCGAGAUCUGCAAACGAAACAUACAGCAAAAUGUCUAAUCACAAAACGAUUAAUGUGAAAUAUGCUCCAAGAGAGGUGCCGUUCUUGAAUGCCUCCAAAACAGUUGUGUCGGCGGGUGAGGAAAUCACCCUUAUGUGUACCCUCGAUUCUUUGGGAAAUCCUCCUAUUCGAUGGUCAUGGAAGUGCGAUAGAAUCUAUUUAUAUAACAGAAGAAUUUAUAACCUUAAUGCUACGUCAAAACUUGUUCUUGAGGCUGACGAAAAUCUAAACGGGAAAGUUUGUUACUGUAUGGCCAAAAGUUAUCCUCUUAACUACGAAGCUUCAUCCAAUACGGUCUCUCUUACCGUAUAUUCUUUUCCUGAUGGCAAUCCAGAAAUAGAUAAAUCCAUUUAUUUUGUUGAUGAGAAUACUCCAGUCAAGUUGAGUUGUUCACUGCGGUCUGCUGGAAACCCUCCUGUGUCAUGGCUUUGGUAUUGUGACAACAAACUGCAGGACAGAGGCAUCAAACACUCUGGUUCCAGAUCGGCUCUGACAAUAUUUGCACAACGGAAAGACCACAAUAUUGCAUGUUAUUGUCGGGCAAAGAGUCAAUCUCAGUGGGGAAAUUACGACAGAAAUUCGUCUAAAGCAAUUAUUGCAAUCAAAAGUAUAAGCAAUUCUAUGUCAACGUCUAGUAAGGCUAGUGCUGGAAUCAGUGCUGGAGUAUUUGGUGCCGUGACCGGAAUUUUUCUACUGGUGCUUAUUCUUGCUGGAGUCAUUAUUUUUAUUCAUCAUAGAAGAAUUGAUGACAUAGGUAAACAGUAUUCCACAGGGACAAGGGAAAACGUAAAGGACACUGGAGGUGGACAGGACAAUCUGAAUUAUAGAACCCUCCGGGAAGAAGGCGCCCACUCCAAAGAUUAACGUACAACAUGGAAUUUCUAUCGGACAUAGGAAUCGGGCAUUAUUUUUGUUGAAUUCCCCCCCCCCCCCUCAAAAAAAAAUUCUUCGUGUAUUAUUUAAAACGAAGAACUUUUAAGACAAGUUAAAGUCUUUAUUUAAAAUGUUCAUAUACUAAUAUAAAUCUUUGCUUCAGUGCACUGAGGUUUACAUGUAGCUAAUGUCAUACCAAUAUAAAAGGAUUACUCUGAAACCAAAGCUUCAAAUGAAUAAGCACCAUAUCUAUAUUAUAUGACCUUGACUUUUGAAAUUUUAUCCUGAGUCGAAUAAUUGAUAACCUUUAAAGUAAUCAUCAACAACAUGCUUAAGUUUUAAUUCAUUAAUUAGCAAUGCCCAAGCAAAGAGGAGAUAAUUUUCCGAAUUUCCUCAACUUUGUUUUAUUCCGCUUAUGAAAAGAGAUUUAAUAAAGUUAUUACGGUAUUUUUUGACAUGUAUUCAAACGUUGAAGUGAUAUUGUGAUGCCGCUUGAAUGCCCUAACAUUACCAACCUUCAGAGGAUGAAGUAUGGCGGGAAGAUAUGUUUUACAACAAAGUUGAAAUAUGAAAUUACUUCUCAAUUUUAUACGGGCGAGUAAUGCAUCAAAACUGAUAUAUUUAUCUUUUCUGCGUUUUCUACUAUAUAGAUGUACAUGUAUUUGUUGUACAUGUAGACACAAUCUACCGGUCUUCUGGUGUAAUAUUCAAAUUCCUGAGACCUAUGUCGACUCGUCAAUAUUCAAAAUGGCCGCCACCAUUGUGUUAACAUAUUGUUUCCUCUACAAUUUAUUAUGCUUUAACAAGAAGAAAGUGCUUCAAAAUGUAAACGUGUUUUACAUACGUAUAUUGAUUUGAAAUAUUUUGCAUGUUUGACCAGAUGAAAUUUAAGCAUAAAACAGUAUGGAAACGAGAAAGGGAUGAUGUCAAAAUUAAAUGUCAACACUCAACAUCAACGGCAUUACUCAAACUAGUUUCUUGUGUUAUUUCAGCAAUGACCUUUUUUAUGGAUUGUUUAUGGAAAAUUUUCGAAAGUCGGGUAUCUGUCACCUUGAUGAAAAUCAUGCUGGGACGAAUGUGUCGUGUAACAGUUAUAACCUACCAAAAUCUUUCAGAAAUCCGAAUCUAGACUUAUUUACAAGUGAAUCUGAUAGUGGCGCAGAUAGUGAUAAAACAGUUUCGCCACUUGACAAUCCUUUGGAUGAGAUGUAAAUAGUACAAUUCUCAACAGUCAACAUCAAAUGAAAUAAUAGUUAAUAGUUAAAAGUUGUGCCAGUUCUAAAUUUUCUUGUCACAAACAAAAACAUUAUUUUCAAAAGUGCUUAUAUACUGCAGAGUGUUUUAUUUCAAAGAAGAAAGGUAAAAGGGUAAAAAAUUCACUAUAAAAUAUAUCAUUAUAAAAUAUUUUGAAACAUGAAAGUAUCAAGAAACUCGUGUCACAAAUUGAAGGUAUAAACAUAAAAUUGUAUCUUUAUCAGACAAAAUAUAACCUUAGCCUAUAUACAUGUAUUUCAUAAAAUCAUAUCGCAGAAGUAAUAUACGAGUAUGAAAAAUACUGUAUUAAAACACUGUAUUAAUAAAAGCAGUUACUAGAUUGGUGCAAAUGGAAUGCAAAAUUUGUAAUGUCUCAUUGUCACAAAAAU